ACAAACCGGAAGUUGUUGUUUCCUCGAUGUGUAGUUUGACAUCGUCCAGUCUGGGAAUUCACUCUGAACUACUUUGAAGAGGAAUGCAGCACUCGUAGCCAAACGUACUUGAAUCAAAAGGUGUUCAUCCCAUCAUCAUUAUUCCAGUCAGCACACCAUGGCUGGCUUCAGGCAAGAGGAUGUCGAGCUUUAUUAUGAGAUGGGAGAGGAGCUGGGCAGCGGACAGUUUGCCAUUGUUCGUAAGUGCAAGGAGAAGAGCUCAGGCGACGAGUACGCUGCGAAGUUCAUCAAGAAGCGGCGGCUGUCGUCCAGUAGGCGAGGGGUGAGCCGCGAGGAGAUCGAGCGCGAGGUCAACAUCCUGCGGGAGAUCCAACACAGCAACAUCAUCACGUUGCACGACAUCUUUGAAAACAAGACGGACGUGAUCCUGAUCCUGGAGCUGGUGUCAGGGGGAGAGCUGUUUGACUUCCUGGCUGAGAAGGAAUCUCUGACGGAGGAGGAGGCCACCCAGUUCCUUAAGCAGAUCCUGGAUGGCGUUCAGUAUCUUCACUCCAAACGGAUCGCUCACUUUGACCUCAAGCCUGAGAACAUCAUGCUGCUAGACAAGAAUGUCCCAAACCCCAGAAUCAAGCUGAUCGACUUCGGGAUCGCUCAUCAGAUUAAAGCUGGAAAUGAGUUCAAGAACAUCUUUGGAACACCGGAGUUUGUCGCGCCAGAAAUAGUCAACUAUGAGCCUCUUGGACUGGAGGCAGACAUGUGGAGUAUCGGAGUGAUCACAUACAUCCUGUUGAGCGGGGCUUCACCUUUCCUGGGUGAGACCAAACAGGAGACCCUGACCAACAUCUCUGCUGUCAACUACGACUUCGAUGAGGAGUAUUUCAGCAACACCAGUGAGCUGGCUAAAGACUUCAUACGCCGCCUGCUGGUUAAAGAUCCAAAAAAGAGGAUGACAAUCGAUGACAGUCUUGAACACCCCUGGAUUAAGGUGAUAAAGAGGCGAAAUGUCCGUCAGGAGGAGAGAGACCACAAGACUGAGCGCCGGCGCCUGAAGACCACUCGUCUGAAGGAGUACACCAUUAAGUCCCACUCCAGUAUGCCACCCAACAAUACUUACGUCAACUUUGAGCGCUUCUCCCAGGUCCUUGAGGAGAUCGCCGCAGCGGAGGAGGGCCUGAGGGAUCUGGAGCGCAAUCAGCGCUCGUGCAGGGAGGACGUGGCGGCGCUGCUGUCCAUCUACGAGGAGAAGGAGGGUUGGUACAAGGAGGAGAACCAGAGCAUCUCCAGCGACCUGAGCCACAUCCGCCAGGAGCUGCAGCGCACUCAAGCCCAGCGCAAGAAGAGCCAGGAGGAGACCCGGCUUACCAUGCAGGCCGCAAACAUCCUCAAGCGCAAGUUUGGGCGCCUGGAGAAUCGCUACGAGGUCCUGGCUGAGCAGGUGGCCUCUGAAGUCCGCUGGGUGGAGGAGCUGGUCAAGUCCAUAUCCGUAGACAAAGACCACGGCUCUGUAAGCAUGCCCUGAGCUGAGCUGGAGUCCGACAAAUGACUAAGUGAUCUGCAAGUAUCGUCCUGCCCGUCUUCUCCGCUCGUGUCUCUGCACCGCGGAGUUGGAGUGGGUCAGUCGUCAUCAUAAGCUCUGCUGCUGCUGCCCAUUAGGAAACAUGCUCCACCCUUUGUUAAGUAAAGCUGGGGAGAACGUGCAAGAAGCAGAGAGGUAAAAUGUUGAAUCCAUUCCCUGUUGAAAAGGCUCAUUGCUGUGUUUUAUACCUUUAUUUAUCAUUUUAGAGAUGUUACGUGUUAUGUCCCUCACUCACAUCACAGUUUAAACCUUCCAUUACAACUUUUUUUUUGCAGUUGUUAGAAUUGCAGAUUGUUAAUACAUUCAUUCAUUUUUUUCUUUAUUCCUUGAUCACAUUUGUUUUUGUUUUUUUAAAGCCAUAUGUGUCAGCUCAUUUUCUCUCGCCUCAGGUUAUCAGCCAGCUAUAUGAGGAAUCUUCACAGAGAUAUUGUGAGAGGUUUGCUUAGAGUUCAGGGGUAGUUACUUAUCUUGUUAUAUUUCAGAUUUGACUGCAGCUGACAUCCUAUUUCCACGUGUCAGGAAAGUGUUUCGACUUUAAAGAAUGCAAUAAACCAUCAGCUAUAUAUAUAUAUAUAUAUAUAUAUAUAUAUAUAUAUAUAUAUAUAUAUAUAAUGAUAAAGAUAAAGGUUAUUGCUUUAUUUGACAGGUCUGUAAGUUCUUGACGGUUUCCUGGAAAUUAUGAGAAGAUUUGGUCCUAGUUACAUGGUCACUGGAGACAGAGCUGUUAUUGGCUGUUUUGAGUUUACUGUUGAAUUACGUUUUUAUAAAAAAAAAAAAACUCAAUUUAACCCAAGUAAAUACUUUUUUUCCACCAUUAUCAUUAUGGCAAAAUCCGUUCCUUAAGCUGAAUUUAAUGUUUGAAGAGACAGUUUUCAUGUGAAGCUCUCCUGCUUUCCUUUGCUUUUUUAAUGUUUGAUAAGGCCCCUCUCUAAAGCUCUUUCUGACUUGUGUCUGUUUAAAGGGCCUGAUUUACUUACUCCCCUCUGACUAAGUCUUACAUUCAGGAUAGCUCAGACUUAAGCUUACAUGCUAGCUAAGAUUAGCAUUGGGGCUGAUGGAAUAUGUUUGACACUGAAUCUGAAGUAACAGACCUGUCAAACAAAGCAGUGUUGCCAGAUUGAGAAUGUAUAAACUCAUCUUUGCAGUGCCUGUAAACUGAUCAACCUUAUUGCCUCUGCAAGCACUCACCUGUCAUCGAGUUCAUGACAUUUCUAUCACAUUGAUAUCGCUAAAUGUCUUAAAACGCAACAACUUUUUGCACAGUAGCCUCGUAAACCAAAAUAGUGUGCAUGGAAACCUUUGUGUAUAAAACUGUAACUCUGGUAGUGUUUUCAUCCAGACCGUCCCUGCACACGUCAAAACAUUCCAUCGAUGCGUUUCACAUCCACGCAACACAUUCCCCAUGUACAGCAUAGAACGUGUAUGAUAUAUUCAGUAGUAUUUUUCAGUAGAGAGGAAAUGUACUCAGUUGCACUUAAAUGAUUGUAGCAUUGUUCCAAAAUAUAUUUUAACCUGUCUCGAAGUUGUAACAGAGCUGUAAAAUGAAAUCCUGUCUGAACUAGUUUCAAAUAAAAAAAAAGAAUCAUUCAUGUGA